AUGUAUGGAAGCUGCCUUUUGGAGAAAGAAGCGGGCAUGUACCCGGGCACUCUCAGGAGCCCGGGAGGAGGCAGCACUGCGGGGGUGGGCAGCACUGGGAGCGGUGGGAGUCCACUGCCAGCCUCCAACUUCGCUGCUGCUCCGGCUUACCCGCACUACAUGGGGUAUCCUCAUAUGACCAACAUGGAUCCUCAUGGGCCAUCACUGGGGGCAUGGAGCUCACCCUACAGUCCCCCGCGGGAAGACUGGAGCACGUACCCAGGGCCGUCCAGUACAAUGGGCACAGUGCCCAUGAACGACAUGACCUCAAGCCCUGCCGCCGCUUUUGGCUCCCCCGACUACAGCAGCCUGGGCCCCACCGGCGGUGGAAGCAGCGGCGAUGGCCUGCCAGCCCCGGCCCGCGAGUCACUGGUCCCCUUUGACUCCGGCACCGCCGACGCCAGUUCCUCCAGCAGGAGCCGCCACAGCCCCUAUGCAUGGAUGCGCAAAACUGUGCAGGUGACCGGGAAAACCAGGACAAAAGAAAAGUAUCGUGUAGUUUAUACAGAUCAUCAAAGGCUGGAGUUGGAAAAGGAAUUCCACUGCAACAGAUACAUCACCAUUCGGAGAAAGUCAGAGCUGGCAGUAAACCUGGGCCUUUCUGAGAGACAGGUGAAAAUCUGGUUUCAGAAUCGCAGAGCCAAGGAGAGAAAGAUGAUCAAAAAGAAAAUCUCCCAGUUUGAGAACAGUGGAGGCUCAGUGCAAAGUGACUCUGGCUCCAUCAGCCCUGGGGAAUUGCCUAACACUUUUUUCACUACCCCAUCUGCAGUCCGUGGAUUUCAGCCUAUUGAGAUACAGCAGGUCAUAGUUUCAGAAUGAAAGAAAGGC